AUGCAGUCUUGCGAGCGCGCCGAGUUCAAACUGGCCUUCAUACGCAUCCUCAGAUGCCAGUGCCACCGUAGGAGACGCCCAGGCUGGCGGGCCUACAACUACCGUACCUCCCACUUCAACUCCUCCAGCCACUCACGAAAGAACUCUGCUGAGUCUAGCCACUCACAGAAGAACUCUGCCUGUCUCAACGGGAGCCAGCACACCCUGUCCUCCUCAGCCAGCCCCAGCCCGAGCUACCUGCUGGCUUGCCCCGAGGGGGAGACCCUCUACACCUGCUGGGCCUCCGCCGCCUCCAGGUCCCCCUCCCUGCUGCCUGUGAGUCCUGCUGGCUGCCAGCUGGAGACACUGGAGGGGGGUGUGAGGAGUGGAGGGACCCAUGGCGUGAUGUCUCACAGGGAGUCCGGUCAGGGGGUGUUCUCGUUCCCCUGUGGGGGGCAGAACCGGGAGUGUGGAGGGGACAUACCUGAGGAUAAGGUGUGACUGUCUGGGAAUCUUACAGACUCAUGAGUUGUUGUUGAAUGAUUCUUGAUGGGGAUUUGAAUCAUGUUCAGUCCCUGACUGAAUGGGGAGUGAUGUAUGGUUCCAUUCACUGUCAGUGGGUCAAGUCAAGUCAAGUCAAAUUAUCCUCGAAUGUUCAAUGGUUUCGUAUUGUUGGCAUGAGAAAUAAAUUAAGUUGCCCUCUGCUGUAUGUUAGCCGGCUUUACUGAGCAUCAGGAUCAAUCCAGGGGAGUGAUAUAUGGUUCCAUUCGCUGUCAAUGGUUCAAGUCAAGUCAAAUGAUCCUUGAACGGUCAAUGGUUUUGUAUUGUUGGCAUGAGAAAUGGUUUAAGUUGCCCUCUGCUGUAUGUUAGCCGGCUUUACUGAGCAUCAGGAUCAAUCCAGGGGAGUGAUAUAUGGUUCCAUUCGCUGUCAAUGGUUCAAGUCAAGUCAAAUGAUCCUUGAACGGUCAAUGGUUUUGUAUUGUUGGCAUGAGAAAUGGUUUAAGUUGCCCUCUGCUGUAUGUUAGCCGGCAUUACUGAGCAUCAGGAUCAGUCCAGCAUCUGUUCAAUGGAACUCUCACUGUCAGAGGAAAACGACGACAGAUAAGGCUGUACUGUAUUUCUCAAAGAGAUGAUCAAGGGCAAUAGUGAAGUAAUGUGAUAAACCACAUAAACUGUACACUAUGGAUUUGACAGAGACAAAUUCAUGCCACAUUGGGACUACGUGUGGAACUGCACCCUAAGCUGUCAUCAAUUCUCUUUCAGUUUGCCUGAUCUGUGAAUGCCUCUUCUCUGCUGGGUCUGUGGUCAGUCAGAGAAUAGGUUUGUGUUACAUGUAAAGAGCUGAUGAUAAUUUUUCUGUUACGGUCACUCAAUAUCUUUAUUGAAUGUUUUUGUAAAUAAAGUAUAACCUGGUUAUUCAGUGUACUCAUCAUAAAUAUAGUGGGUAAAAAAAAAAAAAAGAAGUGUAACGGGAACAUUGAGGUGUGCUUUGAUUUAAGAGGAGAUUAUAAAACCACUGCUAUGGUUACACGCACUAACCCAUCUAUGAAAAAUGUGAUACACUCCAUAAAUAAAUGUUUUUUCAAAUAUUACCCCAACUGUCAUUCAUAUGUCAAAGAUAAGAUACUGUAUAUAGCGUACUUAGAUUAAGGGCUUGAUUCAAUCCGUGGCGUGGAAGAACUGUGUUGUAGCCGCUUGACAUUUAAGGUAAUUUCCGAUUGAGCCGACAUUUGCAGCGUUUACCGUGAAUGCAGUCUUGCGAGCGCGGUAACGUUGCCUUUAAAUGUCAAUUGCACUACAGCGCAGAUCUAUCGCGGUACGGAUUGAAUCGAGCCCUUAACACUUGAACUGUCAUAUGCCAAUGACCACUGAUGUUUGA